CUGUACAAAACACAUGACAGUUACAUUAAACCCGCGCGACGACAUACAUAAUAUGCUAUGUUGAGAGGACUUUGCGUAUACCUGCUUGGCUUAUCGGGGAGGGUACGUGCGGGAAGCAGGCUGGUUGGUAGCCGGCCGAUUUGGACUACUUUGACAAAUCGCACUCUGGCACCGCCUUCAUUCUUCGUCAUAGGCUGCACGAAGUGCGGGACCUCCACGCUCCAUGAUAUCAUGCUGCGGCACCCGGAGGUUGCCCCCGCAUGUCGAUUUCAUUUGCGUCGCACCCGCUACCUUGCUAACAGCACCUUAUUCACGCAUCCAGGGCGAAUCGCGCCAGCGGCAGCGACACCGUCACACGAGGCGUACGUGGCUUGGGUGGAGGGCCUGCGCCGAGAAGCCUGGGGUCUGACUCGCGAAGCAAUGUCGGCUUCGUCACCUCGUGUGGCGCUCGCUGAGCUUGAUAGAGCUUAUGGCAAGUGGUAUGCAUACAACAAGGUUGCCACAUACUUGCUUUGGAGGUGGGAUGUGAUCGGCGACAGGGGACGCGGCGCAUCCGCAGACCUCAAGCAAGCAGUCAUCGAGCAAUUCCAAGCGGCGACAGGCACGUUUAUGCGCGUAGCCGAAACGCUACGGCACGAUGAGAUGGCCAAAUUCCCCGCUGCACGCGAUCCGAUAGCCGUGCAGCGCGAGACUGGGCGUCAGUACGCACAGAUGCUCCAGCGCCAUGCACAGUACACGGCCACUCGGGUGCACGAGUCCUGUCGUCCGGAACGAGGAAAGAUUGUGGCAAAGGAGCUCCGAUUCUGGGGAACACCACAACGGGUGCAUGGGUACCACCGCUACGUCGAGUGGCAUGCACCUGAGCUCUUCCUGGCUAACAGCGAGACACCACCAUUGGUUGGUGACUUCAGCGCAUGUCUCGUUUACGGCUGUGACUCACAUGACCCGGGUGUGACAGUCAGAGAUAUUCUAUCUGUGACACCAUUCGUGCCUGUCUUUAUUUUGGUAGUCUGCGAUCCUGCACGGCGCGCUCGGUCGUACCUGCGAAUGACUUGCGCUCACGAGCCGCAGUCGGGUCAAACGCGGUCAGCCAAGCGCCACUACUGUGACGAUGGCAUCGACCGGCAGAUCGCUCAAGGCCUCCACGGUCUUGACCGCGUAGGAUGCUCUACGAGCCUGUAUGCACUCGACGAUGGCGCUGCAUGGCGCUCAAAGGGUUGUCUGCAGCGCAAGUAUCGGUCCAGAGAGAACGCCAUUGUUCGUGGUUUUUAUGGAGACUGGCUUGAUGUUUGGCUUGCAGAGACGAACCAAAUCCAUGUAUUCCAGCUUGAGACCUUGAAUGAUUAUGGCCUCGGGGCCCGCGCCAUGGACGCGCUGCAUGUGGCCCUCGGCCUCUCGCGAUUCCAAUAUGCUAGAAGUGUCUUCUCUCGGCGCAUCAAUGUGGCCAAGACGCUCCGCAGACCUGAAAGCCACCGCUUCCAAGCAGGUCCCAUCGAACGUAUUAGUGAGCAAGACCGCCAUUCCAUGGACAGGCUUCGCACGACAGUGUUUGCCGCACCAAUACGCUACUUCUGUCGGACACUAUCUGCAAAACUUGCGGGUGAUGACGCCAUUCCCCUAUGUGGUGAUGCCGCCAUUAAUCGUAGCCACAGUAGAUUGUUAGCUCAGGCUCAGGCUGACUCGGACGCGACGUGGCGGAUCACCCCCAAACAAGUCUGAUUCACACCCAAUCGCGCCCACCGACUCCGACCCCACAUCUCUGCGGGCUGGAAUUGACUCAGCUUAGCCUAAGCUUAAUCAUGAUAUUAGUAAAAUAAAUAAACUUG